UCAUAGUGCCUUACUUCCAUCCAACUAUCAAAUUUUCAACCACCUUCUUCUUUCGAAGCUUUAUACUUGUUCUUGCUCAUCUUAUAGACACAAAUCAUACUAUAUAUCUAAUCUAUAAGCUUAAUUACCAUGAAGAGAGAUAGAGAAGAGGCAGAGUUAGACUUGGCCAAAUGCUUGAUGCUCCUUUCUAAAGUUGGCAAAGCUGAUCACGAGAUACUAACCAAUUAUACAUCAGCAGCAGCAACGGCAGGGGCCGGGGCCGGUCGCUCAUUUUCAUGCAAAACAUGCAACAAGAAUUUCCCUUCAUUUCAAGCAUUAGGAGGCCACCGUGCAAGUCACAAGAAACCAAAACUCAUGGAAUCAACUGGGAACUUGUUGAAGUUGCCUAAUUCGCCUUCAAAGCCAAAAACUCACCAGUGCUCCAUUUGCGGCCUUGAAUUUCCUCUCGGGCAAGCACUAGGAGGUCACAUGAGGAGACACCGGGCGCCUAAUAACGUUGAUACCACCAGUACUAGUAGUAAAGAUCAUGAAUUGGCUGUGACUCAACCGCCUUUCUUACCCGCUGUCCCAGUUUUGAAGAGAUCCAAUAGCAGCAAGAGAGUUCUGUGCUUGGAUUUGAGCUUGGCCCUGCCUAUGUAUCAGAAUGACUCGGAGUUGCAGUUAGAGAAGGUCGCUCGUCCCAUGUUGAAAUGUUUUAUCUAACCUUAAUUUGGAGUUUGGACAUACUUUUUGCUUUCCUUAUUACCAACUUCUGCUACUAUGUAGUUGAGAUUUUGUACGAAUCACAUUCAUUUAUUUCUUUUGUUGUAUUUCUAUUUAUUUUUUUCCUGUAAAAUUCUGGUAUCUUGGAUUUAUAUUAGCGGAGUGGACUCUGUAUAAAAUAAUUGUUCUUUCUA